CGAAACCAAAGAAAUCGUCUAAGAAGUCGAAAGAGAAGAACACGCGUUCGAGUAAGAAAAAUCGACUGACAGAGAAUAUGAUGCGAAGUAAUCAUGAAACGCGUAAGGUAUUGACGAAGGAGGUGAGAAUCGAGACGUGGCAUCAGAUGCUACAGUUGGAUGCUGAGAUCUACAAUAUUAACCUCACGAAGCGGACCAAGAGGAAAGCUGAGGAGAAGCAGCUUCGUAAUCUCGUUCUACACAGACUAGACGAAUAUUAUUUUGCGAGAGUAGGGCACAUUACGCCUGUACAGAAGAUGAUCGAUGCCAUUUUCGAUUUACGGAGAGUAGAGAGGAACGUGAGUAGAGGUACGAUCAAGUCCGAGUUCAACAAGCUGAUGUUAGGGAGAGGGGAAACCCUCGACGCCUUCUUUGGGCGAAUGGACGAACUCACCUACGAUUUUAAGAUGCAAACGAAAGGAGAAGAGAUUCCCGAGCCAGAGAUCUUCGAUAGGAUAGUAGAGGCGACAGAGUCUAUCUAUACAGAGCUUAGGGUUAUUCUUAAGUCUAAGGGCGAAUAUCCUAAGACGAGUCUCGCUGACCUUAAGUUGUUGUUGUUACAGCUGGAAUCCGAACGGAGAGGCGGGCCACAGCAGGCCAACUACGUCAGCCACCGGCCAGUAAUUAGACGGAGCGACGGAAAACCUCAACCGAGACCGCCUCAGAACGCCGCUUCCUUACCGAGACCGCCCGAUCACAAUUGUUACAAUUGUUCUGACCCAGAUCAUUACGACUACGAAUGUUUGAAGUGGGAAGACGGACCGAGAUGUUUUCGCUGUGCAGAGUGGGGUCACUUCGGAACUACGUGCAACAAUCCCCGCGUCUUCUACAAACACGAAUUCGCAAAGUACCGAGAUUGUUCCCGAGAUAACCGAAUCAGAGAUACCAUCAACGGAGCAGCCCAGUUAAUCAGAGGUGAACGGCAGCCGGAAGAUUUUAUGGGUAUACCGAGAUUCGAACGUGAUGCACGAAACGACAUCGAAGAAAAUCGUCGGAGACAUCAAUCGUCGAGCUGUUACCGAUCCCCGAACCGCGACGAACAACAUCGCAGCCGCUCAUCCCCACCGAGGGAAACCGAUAAGAGUAGCCGGAGCGCUUCAAACAGAGAUGAAUCACCGACAGAGAAUCACCGACAGAGCCCAUCGACGCGUUCGUCAGCCAGCGGUCCAUCACCGCCCGGACGCGGUCGCUCUAGAUCUCGACCGGAGGGAGCGCAACGCCUACGUAAUUUCCCUGCGAUGCUUGUUGAUCCGCACGUAGAAGAGGAGUCGCCGUAUACAUCGUUUCUACUGAUGGAAUUACCAGACAUCGACGUUAAUUCACUUAACGGAACGCAGGCCGGUUUAAUCUACAACCACAUCGCAAAGUGGGAACAGAUGUUAGCCUGGUUCCGACCGCGAGUAGAACUGAGAAUCCACGUGAUCAACGUCGAAGCGAGAAAACCAACAGAGAUCGAGCCCGUAUUUGAUAUAGGUGGCGUCGAGUACUCGUCGUUCUUGGACACUGUCGAACCUGCCAUCAUUGGCCAACCGAUGGUACAACCGCCGCCUGGUUUUCCGCCGAUACCACCAGUCCCGAAGCCGCUUUACCUGGAACAUACGAAAGAACAGACGAUGUUGCCGUUUUCCAACACACCGCAGCCAGGAACAAGCGCUUCGACGUCGAAAACAGAGAAACAGAUCGAAAUGAACCCAAUCGGGUGUAUUAAGGCGCCGGAAAAUAAAACAGAGAAAGGAUCAAGCCCGAACAAACCGCAAACGAAAGCCGCGAAGAAAGAAGGCACUUCAACGGACGAAAUUUUCAAAAAGGUCCGUGAACAGAAUCCGAACGCCGGUAAAUCGCCUUUGAAUCUUGGAAAGGUGUAUAAUCCACGCAGGGACGUGAGGACACCGAGAAAGACGGAUACAAACAGAGAAGGCCCGGAACAUCGAAAACCGACAAAACCGAUCAAACUCGAUCGUACAAUUGCGGCACCGAAACCCCCAACCCCGCCACCGAUGCCGGAAAAACCGCUGUGGGAAGUUAAGUCGACGAAAACGGUUGCCGAAGCCGAAAUGGAUACGACGGCCCAAUCCGAGGCGAAAACCGACGACGAAUGGAACAAGCCAGGCCCGAGUUCAGCACAGGGCAAUGCAAUAGAGAAGCCGCAUUUAAACUCGUUAGGCCAAGAUAUGAAUGCGCCGCGGCCACGCACGCCCGAAAUAAUCCGGCAAAACCUAAUGAUUCGGCCGGAUAUUCCAACCGAAGAAGUAUGGGAAACCGACGACGGAGAAGUGAUUGAUCGACGGAGAGCGAAUUAUCGUUCCGUUAAUUUCAUGUACGUGAAACAAAUCAUGGAAUUGAACUUCACGAAGGUCAACGAGAGGCUCACCGAGAUUGAAACGCGCCUUCACCGAGAGCAGGUCCCUGACGAAGCAGACGAGGGAAGGCCGAUGCCGGAAGCCGAGACGGCCCUGUUAACCAGGCAACAGGAGGAGUUAAACGACGCAGCGAUGGCGAUUACGCGCGUAUUGGAAGACCCUGGUUCCAUUGAAGACGCUAUUGAAGGUCUGCAUCAAUUAAUUGAGAUGUCGCGUAUUUACCAUUUUGCGCUAGAUGAACACCCGCAACGCGUAUUGAUGAUGCUGCGAACAGAGAACCUGACUAUUGACGAACGGAGACGCCAGAGAAAUCGCGAACGGAGACACCGGAAUCGAGCGCAUCGCCGAAACGCCGAUAACGUAGACGACGGCAUUGACGUCGAUUAUAUUUCCGAUUCUGAAGAUCGUGGUCCAGGCGAUGCUGCGCCGAAUUUUCAAUUACUAGGCGAACGUUUACUUGACGAAGCUUAUCAACGGAGAAAUCAACACGAUAACGACGACCAACCAAUGGGAUAAACAGAGAGAAAACAGAGAGAAACUUUUAUUUGUAAUGUGUUGUUGAAUUGUUCCGAAUAUUCAUGUGUUGAAUCUGUGUUCCUGUUUAUUUGAAUUUUGUGAUUUAUUUGUUCCUGUUAAUUAUAAGCUGUAAAUAUGUUUUUGCGAAAGAUGAGUCGCGCAGGGAGGGAGUGUUAGCCGCCAGGCUGCGCUCCUCAACACAGAGAUACUCCGCCCGUGUAACGCGGCCCUGCCGCGCUACGAGCUACGUACGCUCGUGUAACUAUUCGCACUUGCUGUUUUGUUAUACUACGUGUUAGAUGUGUUCUCCGUGUAUCCGAGUAUUUUGUUGUUUGAUGAAGUAUUGUUUUGUUUGAUUAAUAUAUUAAUUUGUCAAUUAAUAUUCACCGUGUCGACUCGUUAUUUUCGUAAUUAUCAAUUACUCAAGUUCUCGCCGAUAUCAAUUAGUACCAUCACUCAUCCCCUCUGGUUGCUCCAUAUAAAUAGGCUUUUCCAAAUAACCAUGCAAGAAAGCACUUUUCACAUCCAUCUGUACAGCAUGAUAUUUCUUAUGAUUUGCAACACUCAACAUAGUUCUAAUCGUUGAUCCUCUCGCCACUGGAGAAAAUGUCUCAGUAAAAUCCACCUCACCUUGAGCACAACCUUUUGCCACCAAACGAGCUUUAUACCUUUUAACAUUUCCUUUUACAUCAAGUUUCUUGUCAAAUACCCACUUAUUUGGAAUCACUUUUACAUCCUUAGGCCUAUCUACAAGUUCCCAUGUUCCAUUCUUUUCUAAACUUUUCAAUUCUUCAUUCAUGGCCUCUUUCCAUUUUUCACAAUCAUCGUCUGUUUCAACUUCCUUCACAUUACUAGGUAUCUCAUCAGCACAAGUCAAUGCCGCAUACACUUGAUAAUCUUUAAAACGAGCAGGCAUGGUGGUAUUUCUCUUAGGUUUCGUUUCAGCUAGAGUCGGCUCUCUUUCUUCUUCAACAUGCUCAUUUUCAUUAUCGAUUACAUCAUCAAUUUCUAGCUCUUCAUCACUACUAUCGUUUUCCAAUACAUAAGGUAUAUUUUUAGUUUCGUUUUUAUCAGCUGCUACAUCCUUGAUAUUUUCUGACUCAUUAAACGUCACAUGCCUACCUAAUAUAACCUUCUUGUCACGAAUGCUCCAUAACCUAUAGGCAUUUUCCGAGUAGCCUAUAAAAAUACACUUUUUACUGGUAUCAUCGAAUUUUUCUCUCUCAUGCUUAUUAAUAAAAUUAUAAGCCACACAACCAAACAUCUUAAUUCUUUCAAAAUCUGGUUUGUAUCCAAACAUCAACUCUAUAGGCGUUUUUCCAUGUAUUGUUGGGCUCCUGUUCAUAAUAUACACACCACUCCUCACAGCUUCUCCCCAAAACGAUUUUGACAAUUUUGAUUCACACAGCAAAGCCCUACCUCUCUCAAUUAUCAACCUAUUAUAACGUUCUGCCUUUCCAUUUUGCUGAGGACAAAAACCUGCAGUAAAUUGCUGCCUAAUACCAUUCUCGAAACAAUACUGUUUAAAUUUAUUUGACAUAAACUCGCCUCCCCUAUCUGAUCUCAAAAUUGCUAUUUUUACACCACUAAACAGAGCUGUCAUUCGUUUAUGGAAUCCAAUAAAAAUAUCACACGCUUCACUCUUCUCUUUUAACAAAUAAACCUCAGUAUAAUUAGUAUAAUCAUCAAUUAAAGUCAUAAAAUAAUUGUACCCAUCAUAGGUAGCUGGUGUUAUUUUACCACACAAAUCAGUAUGAAUAAUUUGAAGGGGGCGAGUGGCCUUCGGAGAUGUACCUACAAAAGGGUUUUUCGUUUGCUUACUCAAAACACAA